CAUCCAAAAACAAUAUCGUCAUUAGAGAGCGCGUCUCUCGCUGUUUGCUCCGUUUCGCGCGGCCGCGCGUUCCAAACCGCACGUCCGCGAGCAAACGUCUCGGAACUCGGAAGACCAAGACCGCCCUGCAGCACGCGCGUGCUCCUCUCCCUGAGCACAACAUGCCAACGUCGUGCGCGCAGAAUUCCGAGACGUUCCCGACGCGAGAGAGUCUCGCCAUCACUGAGCACGUACUAGCCUCGAAGUGGGAAUAGGCGGCUGCAUCGAUCCGCGCGCGAUGGACGCUUUCUUCGGCGGCCUCGACUCCCGGCUGCGGGCGUCGGUGAAGGUGGCGGACUCCAUCAUGGUGGGGCUGGUGAACGCGGCGAUGGAGGACGCCUACAAGAAAAGCCUCUGGAAGGACGGCGAUCUGGAGUGCCUCUUCCAGAAGCUCCGAUUCGCCGAGCUGGCCAUCAUGCAGCUCGAGUGGUGCCUCCGCUUCGUGCGCGGCGAGAUGGAGGCCGACGGCGGCGCCGACGACGAAGGCCACGAGCGACUGCUCGACGAUCUCCUCGAGACGCGCGACCGGAUCCAGGCCCGCCUCGACGAGGCCGAGCUUGCCGUCGCCGAGAAGGACCGCGACUACAUGCGCCGGAAACACGAGGAUCAGCUCAGCCCGUCGCGCCGCAAGACGGCGUCCGCCGAUCGCCGGGACGUCGCGGAGGAGGGCUCCGUGUUCGGCGAGCUGAAGGACUCCGUGGACCGCAAGAUGUCAAGGAUGAGGGUCAGGCUGGAGGACGCGCGCUCCACGCUGGCGGCGCUCAUGCAGAAGGUCAGCGGUGAGGCGUCGCCAAUGGCGAGGCUGCAGGAGGCCGGCCACGAGGGCGACGGGGUAAAGAGACUCUCCGGCUUCUACACCAUGGCGCAGCUGCUCAUGGAGUUCCAGGAGAUGGUCCUGGAUGCCGGCGCCGUCAGAGACAGCGUCGCAUCCUCGUUCGACGCGAUGGAGAGUUCGGUGCCCUUGCUGAGGACGGCCAUGGAGGAGCAGCAGUGGCUCAUGGAUGCCGAGAAGGAGAUAUACGGCACUGUCGUCGAGGGUUUUCUCCGGGAGAUCAACGUGGAAUCCAAAUGCACGUCUUCUCCGGGAGAAGGAUCUCACCCACCUACAUUGCAUCAACACAGCGAUGCUACUGAGAAUAGCCCGGAAGAAUGUGAAUAUCUGAAGGAUGAAAACAAGCAGAUGGGGUCAACAAGGCGUAUCCCGGCAGAAGAGACGUCAGAUAGCAGAGAGCGUUAUCAUUCAGAGGAGCGUGGUAUCUCCCGUGAGGAAACUGAAAAGCUAACAGAAGAAAUGGUUCAUUCAGAGAUCAGAUGUGAACUACAAGAUGUGUUAUACUCAGCAAUAUUCAGAGAUUUGGUGAGGAAACUGAAUGUACAAAAGCUGACAGAAGAAAGAGAAGAGGUGGACAUCACAAGUAAACUACAUUGUGAAAUAUAUAGUACCAUGUUCAAAGAAUUGGUGAAAAAGCAGGCUGUUGAAUCUGCUGAACAUCUUGUCAGGACCUUCAUCGAAGAUGAAGUACAGGUGGUUUUUGUCGUCAAAAUUCUAAAUGAAUGGAAGAGCACUGCAGAAACGGUUCAGAAUGAAGGGCAUAUCAAGGAAGAGAUUGACUGCAUUGUCUUUGGAGGAGUGAUAAAGGAUUUAAUUCAUAGUCACAAUUUAAGUUUGCUCAAAUCCCCAGAUGAAGGUGCGCCUAACUAUAAUCUGGGACAAUUCAGCAGGAUUGACAAGAUCAAACAGUUACAAAAGGUGAAGAUGCAAAUCAAUAUGACCACUGAAGAUGGAGGUGUAGAUUCUGAUCAAGACAAAAAACUUGUGAAGCAGGAGACUUUAGGUAUGACGGAUAAUUGUGACAGACAAAAUUCCAAAGAAAGUGAUCCGCAAGCUGAAACGUCAACCUACAACUACAAAGAUGGUGUUUCUGACUCAACUAGUGGCAAUGUUGAGGAAGGAUUGGAAUAUCACAGGAAGCUGCAAACGGGAGAGGUAGCUUUAAGUUUCAGCAUGCUUCUUGAAGGAGCUAAUCAGAAAAAUGCUCAUACGGCUUUGGAUGAUGAGAAACAAGCUGCAAACAACUUAACAGUCUCAAAUGCCAUAAGUUGUGGACAGAGUCAGUUUGAACUGCAAAAAAGUCUGUUCAUUCCACUAACUAACUUUCAGGAAAUGUUCGAUGAUUUUCAAGCUGUUGCCUGUGGGAAAGUGAGAACAUCUGUGCUGAGAUUGGGAGACUUGGAUAAACAAUUGGCGAAUUUGGAUGAACAAGUGAGUUCUCUUAAAAGAAGUGAGCUCGUUUACCGGAAGGCUUUCACCAGGCGAUGUUACGACCUGCAAACAGCGGAAGCAGAGGUGGAUCUUCUUGGCGAUGAGGUGGAGCUGCUUCUUGGACUUCUCAGGAAGACAUAUAAAGCGCUGGAUCACUACUCACCAGUUCUUCAGCACUAUCCCGGGAUCAUGGAGAUGCUGAGCCUGCUUGGGAAGGAGCUUGCCGUGAGGCAUCAGAUACUAUUCCGUUCCUGCGACCUUCCACCCACCAUCCCUAGAUCGCCGCCGCCACCUAUGAUGCCCGCCGGCGACGCUUCCACGCGCGCUGCCGAGGAGGCGAAACGCGCUGCAGGGGAGGAGGUCAAACGCGUUGCUGAUUCUGAUGCCGCAUUCGAGCCGAACGAGAUCUGGGGCUUCCUCCUUCGGAUCUGGGGCUUUAGAAGGAGGCACGAGCUGGGGCGGUGUGUGAGGAUCACCGACGGCGGCUCCUCAAUGGAGGCACGUGAAUCCCGUAGUGGCGACGACGUGAGAUCGAGGGUGAAGUAG